AUGGGUUUCCAGAUGGAAUUUGCCCGGCCACCGUUCACAGUCAGGAGUCUGUUUGGGAUUGGAGCUCCCUGUGAGCUCCUGGAUGCAGAGGCCUCUCCACAGAGGAUAUUCCGCACCCCAGAGGACAGGAGGUUGUGCCUCGAUGGAACCCCCUGGGUUUGGCACCUGCUGCAGGAGCCUGUGGAGAGCGCGGGAGUUCUGGAGCUCCUUCCCAUUGUCUGCUUCCUCUUGGCUGCUCUGCCCCAAAUUCACGUUUCCUGCCAGAAUGGAAGAGUGGAUCAAGCCGUCCUGGGCUGGAUUCCUGGAGAUCUCACCAACUUCAUAGGCUGCUAUUUAAUAAAUCAGCUGCCAAUCCAGUCGGACACAAGUUGGUCAGUGUUGCAUCUCCAAGUGCAGCCCGUGGAACUGGGCAGCCACAACCUGAGGAAUUUCUGCGUCUCCUGGGUUGUGGUGUGUGGAGCUCUGGGUGUCACUGCCCUCUGCCAGCUGGGGCUGAGGAACCAGGAGCAGAGUGCAGCAAUCCCAAGGAACAAUAACUCCCUUGGUGUGGUUGAACUGUCAGGCCUCGUUGGUGGCUCCAUCUCCUCUGUGUUUGACCUGGGCAGCAGAUUCCCUCAGCUCUGCAAAAACCUGAGUGGAAGGGCCACAGAAGGCACCUCUUACCUGCUCUUUGCCUUGGCCAUGAUGGGAAACUGCACCUAUGGGCUGAGCCUUGUCUUAAAGAUGCCAAAAACCAAAUCCUCCAGGGGCCUCUACUUUGUUCACCACCUUCCUUGGCUCAUUGGCAGCUUUGGAGUCUUGUUUCUCGACAUUUUUCAGGAGGUGGUUGAAGUUUCUCAGGAUCCUGAGGAGCUCAGGGUUUAA